AAAGCCAGGGUCUUUCUUUGAGGAGCAAACGUCGCAAUAUCGCUGCAUCUGUGGGAAAAGGCAAGACCAAAUACCACAAAGAUGGCUACCCAGCUGCUCCCCCUAGAGCUCAUCGACAAGUGCGUCGGAUCCCGCAUCUGGGUCAUCAUGAAGGGUGAUAAGGAGUUCAGCGGUCUGUUGGUCGGGUUCGACGACUACGUCAACAUGGUCCUCGAGGACGUCACCGAGUUCGACUACUCUGGCAACCACACCAAGCUCUCCAAGAUCCUGCUGAACGGCAACAACAUUUGCAUGUUGAUACCGGGCGGUGAGGGGCCAGUGCAAGCAUGAGUGGGCGCGUAUCUAUCUGAAAAAAAAAGAGAAGCCGCAUAUAACUGAACAGUUGGAUGCGUCGAAAGGAUUAAAUGUAUGAGACGCCAGCUUAUCUGUGGAUCUCAGCUCUUCUCUUACCAUUAAAAGCAGUCAAGGCAACCUGGGGAGCUCGACGGUUGCGGUUUUGACCAGAGGUCUUUCGGGGGAGGGAGACCUAGGUCCGGGGUGAUGCCUCACCAUAGUUUUGGAGGCGGCAGAGUCAAAUCCAUAAGGUGACGAGUAACAGCUGAAGAUUUUGAGGCUGAGACUCUACCAUGAUGAUGUGGGGGAGAGGGCUGAUAGAUGGAAAAUCUACACCAGGAUUAAUCUUUUCUGUAAUUACCAACAGCUGCUCUCUGAAUGGACCAACUGUGGUUUCUCUCAAGUUUGUUGUGCGCGCCGCUCCUGACGAUGCCGCGAAUGCUGAGAAGAUGGAC